GUCGAGACGGCGGCUGGCAGGGAAUCUUCGACUUCGUAAGUCUCGACCCGGCUCCGGCUCAACAUCUAACGUAUAUAAUUCCCACCUCACCUUGAUGAAAUCGGCCCCCCCCCCCCAACAACAACAGCCCACGCAUCAUUUUACCCGCUGACUUAGGAGCUCUGGUGCCAACGAGGCUACAAUGGGAUCCGUGACAUCGUUAUUCAUGGUAGUUGUCGUGUCUCGUUCCGAAGUGCUUGAGACCAGGUUUCCUCAACGCUACCUCUGAUCGCUGGUAUCCCGACACCCGAAGGUCCCGAUCCCGCUAGCGCUGGCGCCGCUUGCUCGAACGCAUACAGACCCAAGAAUCCGCAAUGUACUCGAUACUACUCUGUGCAAUUCUCUUCCUCGGCGGCUAUUUCCAUUACCUGUGGAAAGCCGAGGCCGCCCUCCACAAGCCAUGGGCGCCUGACGCCGGUGACCGUCUCUUUAGCCAACGGCCCCUCCCGCCGUUCCGGGAAGCGUCUGGCAUCGCGAACUACACACUUCCCCUACGGACUGAAGGCCGGAACGUCGUCGAUGCUACCGGGCGUCGCUUUAAGCUCGCCAGCGUCAACUGGUACGGCGCAAGCGACGAGCUCUUCAUCCCGGGCGGUCUCGAGAUACAGCACCGCUCCGUCAUCGCGGCCACCAUUCGGACGUUGGGCUUCAACAGCGUGCGGCUGCCCUACUCGGACGAAAUGGUCAUCCGCAACCCUCACAUCCUCCCCCACCUCCUCAUCGCAAAUCCCGACCUUAUGGGCCUGCGUGCCCUCGACAUAUUCCAAGCUGUCGUCGAGGCAUUGACCGACGCGGGCAUUGCUGUCAUCCUCAACAACCACAUCACGAGCGCGACGUGGUGCUGCGGCGCCGACCCGUGCGACGCUGGCUGGGCCAACGACUACCUCGGACCCCUAUGCAGGGUAUCGCAGACGGAAGAGGAGUGGAUACAGCACUGGGAGACCAUCAUGGCGCCCCUCGCGGACAACCCGAGGGUCAUCGGCGCGGACCUCCGGAACGAGGUGCGUGGCGCCUGGGGUACCAUGCCGUGGAGUCGCUGGGCGACGGCGGCUGAGAAGUGCGGAAACCGGCUGUUGAAGAUGAAUCCCCAUUGGCUCAUCGUCGUCGGCGGGACCGAGUCGGGAAACGACUUGAAAGGGGUGCGGGAUCGGCCGGUGAGGCUCGACGUCGCCGACCGGGUCGUGUACUCGUCGCACGUGUACGCGUGGUCCGGCUGGGGGAGCCGGGAGGGCCGGUACGCGAAGCGCAGCUACGCUUCCUUCGUUCAAUCUAUGCGCAAGAACUGGGCGUACCUCGUCGAGGGCAACGUGGCGCCGGUGUGGGUGGGCGAGUUCGGGGCGCCGCGCCACCCGGGCGUCGGAGACGCCAACUACUGGCGCAACCUGCUGCGGUACCUGAAGCUGCUCGACGCCGACUUCGGGUACUGGGCCAUCAACCCGCGCAAGCCCAAGGGCAACGAGCCGGAGACGUACUCGCUCGUCAAGGACGACUGGGUCACGACCAUUCUCGACUACCGCAUGCGCGACAUGUCGGAGCUGAUCGCCGGCCAUAGCGACGGCGGCGGCGACUACGGCGACGACGACGACGACGACGACGGCUACGAGCAGGAGACGGAUAGGGACGGAUUAUGAAGGGGGAAAAAAAGAACUUUCUCGAAGAUUUCAGCGUUUUUUUUUUUUCUUUCUUUUGGUGAAUACGCACGGAUUCGUCGCGGACCGGAAAUACCACUGGGAAGGGAAGAGAAAGGAAACGGAUAAAAGGGGGGCAGAGGAGCGAAACGUUACACAGUCGUUACGGGCGAGUUAUAUAUAUAUAUAUAUUAUUGGGGGCGGUGUAGGCUCUAGAAGCGUUGCAUAUAUCAGCUACGAAUAGCAGACAGACAGACCGGACAGGCGCCGACCGUCCCGGUCGAGAUCGAUGGCGUCAGUCAGUCGAGUUCAAUCCUCCAUCCCCAGGAGCGGCCUCGUGUUCCUCCUCGCAGGUUAGAAGUCGGCACGUCACUACCGUGUUGUUGUUGGUAUUAUUGGUUUUAAGCCAAGACAGUGAAAGCAUGCGGGCGUGGCUGCUGGCGUACGUAGCAUGGCCUCUGUAGCAAGGAGUCGGAAGAUAGGCUUCUUCCCUGCUUUGGGCGCGGCCCGUAUGACAUGUGUGAGUGCCCAUAGCGGCGCCACGCUGCGCCGCAGCCACUCAAUGACGGACGAACUGGAUUGCACGGGCUCGUCAGGGGCACUGUGGGAAAGGGGGAUGAGGAGGAGCACAGGGGAAGAAAGGGGGGGGGGGGGGCUCUAUAG